CAACAGAGCUAUCCAAGAUGGCAGCGCCCGUCAUACAAACAUGCCAUGUCGCAUGCUGUGCAAAUCGAACUCCUAAGGUCGUAUCUUGGAGCAAAAGAGGCCUGAUUGCUUUCGGGACAUGCCAUUCUGUGGUUCUGUAUGAUCCUCAGGAGAGAACCACAUUUGCCAUUCUGAACGGACACACUGCUCGGGUGAAUGCUGUCCAGUGGGUACACAGACCAGACUGUGGUCCCGAAACAGAGUUGGUGUCAGGAGGGUCUGAUAAUAGCGUCAUUGUCUGGACGAACGUGGACGGCCAGAAUCCAUCCUCAGUGAAGUGUGUUGGACACACUGGGCCAGUGUGUGCUGUGGAUGCUGUUCCCCUGGACUCCUCCCAGCUGCUUGUUGCAUCUGCAGCAUCUGACUCCACAGUGAAGCUAUGGCUCAGAGGUGGCAAUGGGAAAGCGGAAUGCCUGCAGACGCUGUCUUUUGGGAGUGGCUUCAUGAUGGAUGUCUCCUUGGCACUGUUGCCAGGCAGCGGAGUACCCAUUCUGGCCUGUGGGGGAGAUGACAGCAAGGUUCACAUCUAUGUGCGGCAUAGUGAUCAGUUCCAGAGGGUGUUGUCUCUCCAAGGUCAUGAGGACUGGAUCCGUGGCGUGGAAUGGGCAGCCAGAGAUGGGGAGCUCCUGCUGGCCAGCUGUGCUCAGGACUGCAUGAUCCGCCUUUGGAAGCUCUUCGCCAAGGCCCCGCCCGAGGAGCUUGACCAGGAGGCAGGCCAGGGGGAACCUGUCCUCCGGCUCAAAGAGAACAUCUUUGAAGUGGCAGAGAAUGGCACUUCCUCAGUCUUUGCCAUGUCUCUGGAGACGGUGUUGGCUGGCCAUGAAAACUGGGUCUAUGGUGUGCACUGGCACCCGUCACACAUCAAAGAUGGGAAAGUCCAACAGCCGCUCAGCCUGCUCUCAGCAUCCAUGGACAAGACCAUGAUCCUUUGGGGCCCGGAGGAGGACUCGGGCGUGUGGGUAGAGCAGGUGCGGGUCGGCGAGGUCGGGGGGAACACCCUGGGCUUCUACGGCUGCCAGAUGAGUCCUGAUGGGUCCAUGAUUCUGGCACACGCCUUCCAUGGAGCGCUCCACCUGUGGCAUCGAAACCACAGCCAGGAGGGCUUGUGGAGUCCAGCUGUGGUCAUCUCGGGCCACUUUAACUCGGUGCAGGACCUGAGCUGGGAGCCGGAGGGGGAGUUUGUGCUGAGCGUAGGCUCUGACCAGACCACCCGACUCUUCACACCCUGGAGGAGGAAGGGCUGCACCCAGCCCACCUGGCAUGAGAUCUGCAGGCCGCAGAUCCACGGCUACGACAUGCAGUGUCUGACCCCCGUGGGCCGCUUCCAGUUCGUCACAGGUGCCGACGAGAAGGUGCUGCGCGUCUUCCACGCCCCCCGCAACUUCGUGGAGAACUUUGCCAACAUCUCCGCCACCUCUCUAGACCAGCUGCUGGCCUCCAACGACACCAUCGACUUACCUGAGGGGGCCAGCACACCUGCCCUAGGCCUGUCAAAUAAAGCUGUCUUUCAAGGUGACCUGAUAUCUCAGACGGGGAAACAGGGAGAUGGGGAUUACAGCAGUGUAUCAGACCAAUAUAAAGAGACUCACUUCCAGCCCCUCACUCUCACUGCACCUCCGCCCGAGGACCACCUUCUGCAGAACACUCUAUGGCCAGAGGUCCAGAAAUUGUACGGCCACGGCUUCGAGCUCUUCUGUCUGGCGUCGGACGCGGCAAGGACACUCGUCGCUUCUGCCUGCAAGGCCUCUAAAGUGAACCGCGCCAUCCUGCUCUGGAGCACCUCCUGCUGGCGGCAGCUGCAGUCUCUGCCGUGCCACAGCCUCACCGUCACGCAGAUGGCCUUCUCCCCCGACUCCCGCCUCCUGCUCGCCGUCUCGCGCGACCGCACCUGGUCGCUAUGGAGACGCGAGGACCAGGACCCCACCUCUGCCCCCGACAGCACAGAGCCACAUUUUUCUCUGUAUGCUCACACAAGUAAGAAUACGGCAGUACACACACGCAUCAUCUGGUCGUGUGACUGGAGCUUUGACAACAAGUACUUUGUCACAUCAAGUCGGGACAAGAAGGUGAUAGUGUGGGGUCAUGCUGCUUCAGGUGACCCUGUAGCUCAGGGCACUGAGCCCAUCAUGCCCUGUUCCUCUGUGCUUGACGUGGGCGACUCGGCCACCGCUGUGGCCUUCUGCCCCUCCUGCCCUGACAACAGCUACCUGCUGGCGGUGGGCCUAGAGAUUGGUCAGAUCCUGCUCUUUAAGUGGAGUCCAGGAGCGGAGGAGUUGUCCACAGGAGGGGACUGGAGCAAGUGCGGCAAGACGAACGCCUCCCAGAGUCACACGCUGCCAGUGAAGCGUCUGCGCUGGAGGCCGCGGGCCGGCCGGGCGGGCAGCAGCAGCAGGGGGAGGAAGAGCGGGAGGAGGAGGAGGAGGGAGGAGGAGGCCGCCUGGGUACAGCUGGCCAGCGCUGGAGACGACCACGCUGUCAAAAUCUUCAAUGUUAACCGACGGGCUCUGGAGCAGCAGGCUACAGGCGGUGACUGAGAUACGCAGUUGAACUUACACACACUCACACAUACAAACACACACACACACACACACACACACACACACACACAUCUCUCUCUAGUCUAGUCUCUAUGUCUCUUCCUCACACACAUUCAUUCACUUUCAUCUUCUCUGUCUGCACAUUCUCGAUCCUUCUUUCUGUCUUUUUCAUUCCUAUUCAUACACACACACACACACACACACACAAAUCUGUUUUUGUCCCACACACAUACACAAUCCCCACAAAUAGUCUCCCUUUCUCUCCGAGACGCUCACAAACCCGUUUCUUGUCUUUCUGCAUCUCCAUCUCUCUCUCUCUCACACACACACACACACACACACACACACACACACACACACAAUCCACACUGCUGCUGCUGCUGCUUCUGCUGAACCAGCACGUUCCAGUCCUGGCAUCAGUACACCCCCCACUCUUGCCCCCCUCCCCAGAUGUCACACUGCCAGCACUCAGCAGUUAGCUUCCAGCACCCUCCCCUCCAAUGCACCUCAAUGCUAUUGCGCUAACCGCUAACGCAGCCUGACGCCUCCUGUCUGCUCCCAGUCACCAGUAUAACAUUACCCCCCCUGUUUGGGACAUGACACUCAGAUGACAGAACUGCAAGUAGUGCACACACUGGACUGUGUAGAUUAGAGUGUGUGUGUGUGUGUACACACGGCUCAACAAAACUGUAAUGGCCUUUCCACGAAAAAUCUUUUUCCUGGAAAUCCAGUUUGGAAGGGGGGUGGGGUGGUUGGGUUUGAUGACACCAAAAAAGACUUUUGCCAUAAAUCUGCCAUCCCCAUCUACACCCGAGAUGGAGGACAGCGAGUGCACAACAAAUGCAUCAAGUACUGUAGGGCCGCGAGCUGACUGUCUAGGCAUUCUGAGUACCAUUACAAUCCACUUUCCCCCGAAGCCUUUUCCGUUGCCUGUUUCCAAACAGCUUUAUAAUCCCAACAAGCUUCAAGCAAACACCAGAGUACUUUCUGUAAAUGUAGCAUGUUCUACUUGUAUAUAAAGCUCUUGUUAGGAGUGUUGUUUUAAUAUUGUAAUAAUAAAUGGCAUUUUCUA